GUACGAAACAGUACAGAGUGACUCGAUAACAUAACAUCGGUGGCAUGUCAACUAUGGUCCAAAUCUAUGUAUUUUACACUAAAUUAACGAAAAAAGUAUUGGUUUUUCUUUGAUUUUUGAAUUUUAGCUAUCACACCAAUGUCAAAAUCUUUGAUUUUAUCGAAAAAUAUACACUUUUCGUCAGAAAUUCUGCGACUUGAAUCAAGUUCAAACACCCUGUCGUUUAGCACAUCAACUGCAUGUACUAAAAUUUCUACUUUGAAUCAGCUGUCACGCAAUGCAAUUCACUUUGUUUGACACUUUGAAUCUCUCGUUGUGUGUUUACAAAAAUUGCGCGAACGCCAGAGUGACAGUCGUUGCGUCUGUAAACUGUAUUUGUCCAAUUUGAUCCUCAACUCAACUCACAAUAUAAAAAAAAAAUUGUAAUUAAUUAGUGUUGUUCGCAUAGCUUUUUUGGCAUAAGGAAAGGUGAUGUCAAAUUAAAACUUAAGCGAAAAUGUAUCGAAUCACAGCGAUUAACAAUGAAUCAGACACCGAAGAGGAGGAUGAUACAAAAGUGACUAAAGAAGCUGAAGAGACAAUUAUUAUGUCUGAGUACACGCGCGCACUGAAAUUCCAAAAAGAAAAUUCGGUCAAUGACGCCCUUUCGCUAUUCAGUGAACUUCUUGAAACAGAAAUUUUAUUCGAAGUAACAAAGACGCAUACAUCAAAAUCAUUGAUAUCAAUCAAAUAUAAUUGCUAUAAAAAUAUCGCCUUCAUACACAACAGCCGAAAGGACAAUGACCUGGCUUUGGAAUUCUUGCUUAAGGCAAUCGAACUAGACGACACAGAUGUGUAUACAGUAAACAAGUUGGGGCAAAUUGCGCUCAAAUUGAAGCAAUUAGAUGUAGCACAAAUGGCAUUCGAAAAGUGUUUAAAGACAAAUCCAACUCAUUGGCCAUCGGGAGAUGGCAUUUUGCAAAUAUUGUGUCAACGUGAAGAGUACAAUGAAGCAUAUGGAUGGGCACUUCGGUGGUACGAUAAAAAUCCGAAAUAUACUCGAGCCUUGGAUGUGAUAUUGGAAAUACGAGAGAAGUUUGGCAUUUGUGGAUUGGAAUAUAUAGAAAACGCUUGGUCCAUAAAAUUCAAAGAAAAAUCAUUAAAACGAGCAAAUAAAAAGAGUGCAUUUCCUGAUCCAGAAUUUGAGGAAAAAUUCGAACCAAGCAAACCCGAUGUUGAAGAGUUUAGAGUUGAGUCGUUUGAUAAGCUGAAUUGGCAUACAUUCGGUUCGAUGAUUUUGAAAUUGUACGAAUACCUGUCGGAAAUGGAUAAUGGCUCUGCCCUCAGUAGCAUGUUUGAGUGUGCAGAUUUUCUGAUGGAAGCCGUUCAAACCGAACCAAUGGAAGAUGAGAUGAGUGAGGAAACGAUCACAGAAAUCGAUGCUGAUACAGAGACAAAGCUACCGAAUGAAGUCGAUACCGACAUUCAAAUGGAAGAUAAACAAGAGAAUUCAAACUCUGAAAGUACCAAGUGUGCAGUGAUGAAUCCAGAAUGUGGGAAUUCAGUUGAUGGAAGCACUGAAGAUAGCGAUGCACAGACCACUGGUGACGAUGGUUCAAAAUCGGCCAAACCAAAGUCACGACGACGAGGCAGCGAUCUUAAGCUACUCGAUCCAUGGUUUUAUUGGAAAAAUCGAAAAUAUUCACAACGACAAAAGAAUAAACAAAUUGAACGCAUGGAGACUGACACCACGAUCAAUGGCCUUCUGAGAAAAACAUUGGAAAAGUAUUUUGAAGAUAACUUCGACGAUGAAUCACCAUUUCAUCCAGACACAUCAAAUCCAGAUGACACAUCAACAGCCGCUGAAAAUGAUUCUGACACACAAAAUGUGAAAUGUGACAAGUUUCAGGAAUUGACUGCAGAUCCAUUUGCUCAGCUUAUCAAAGAAAUAAAGCAAACUAGUUUCAGCGUGAUUACAUUGAUUGGAAAAUGGAUUGAUUGCAUCUCAAAGUUCUGGGAACAAAAAGUUCCCGACGAAAUCUUGGAAUUGUAUUUAAAACUGUUUCGAAACUAUCUGAAUCAUCACAGCUUAUCCACCUGGAAUCUAUUGAAUGAAGAUGAUUUCCAAGCCGUUUUCCGAAUGACACUUUUCUAUCUUGAGCUAAGUCAUGCACAAUCGAUGAAAUCGGCUGUGCCAAAUGUUGAAAAUGAAGUGGAUGAAGAUUGGCUGCUGUUAUUCAAUCACACAGUCUUUCAUUCGGGAUUGUUUGCGUUCGAUGAAAAUGAAACCACUGCGAUGAAAUAUCAGAAACGAUUAAAUUGGCUACAGUAUUGCCUGUCUCGUUAUGAAUAUGAUUUGCGUCGUUCGGUGAACUGUGUCGAAACGAUCCGUGAUCUCAUCGUUGCACAUGACGAUACUUUGAUUCUCACAUUGCCUAAUCAAAUUCACAACAAUAAAAUCGAUUUACAAACUGCGAACGAAUCGAUUGUAAUGUUGGAGCGCAUGAUCAAUUUGAAUAACGUUCAAAAAUUUUAUACCGAUCAAAGGUAUUCGGAACUGAUUGAAAUUCUCAAAGAUAGUAUCGUGAAUACGACAAAGUCGAAAAAUAUCGAAAAUUCCGUGAUGAAAUUGAGCGAACAGUUCGAAAUAAUAUUGGAGUGUUUCUGGAGCUUGAACACGGUUGAAGAGUGCCUGAUUUGGUGCGAACGUUGCUUGAAGUAUGCUGUUGAUCGAUUUCUAAAUUCAUCUAGUCAUUCAACGUCGUACAACGAAUGGGCCAAAUGUAGUAAUUUUAUUUUGACGUACAUCGAAGCCAUCAUUUUGGGUGAAUCGUAUUUAAUCGUAAAUUGCCUCGGAAGACAUUAUGCUCGCCUCAUCCAAAGUAUUGUGCGAAUUGUGUCGCAUCAAUUGGACAUGGAGGAGAAAAACACGAAUCAUGUGCAUCCCAUCUAUCUAAAAACGCCUUGGGUGAUUUUGCAUCACGUUUUGCAACGUGAAGAAGACAUGAAACCGCGUAAAAAGCGAAAGCUAUCAAAUGAAACAACAUCAUCGAAUGAAAAUGGGGCAAGUGGAGGAGAAGAAGAGGCGACAGAUGGCGAAGAGGAUUUCAUCCCAAAAUCAGUGUCAAUCUUCUUCACUGCACAUGAAUACCUUGGAAAUCGCACAUGGUGUACAAAAGACAGCGGUCAAUUUUUACUCUUCAUCAUGGACACAGUGACGCCCCGGUUGCGAACACCAUACCUGGAGCGAUGUCGCAAUGAAAUCGUUGAGUAUUUAGAGCAAGUUACAUACUGUCUGUACCGGUAUCCCGGUAAACGUGCACGUCUAAAGCAUCUUGAAAAGCAUGAAUCACAAAACAUUGAGUUGGACUGGAGUCAUGCGAUACAAUUGUAUGAUAUUUAUCGACCCGAUAAAAUGCCAGAGUUUGAUAUGUUCAAACGAGAUUCCAUCACAGCCGAAAUGGAACAGUUACUUCAGCGCAUAAUCGCAAUCAUUCCAACGGAAAUCGACCCGACCACACGCUGCGAAGCAAUGAAAAAAUUCAUAAGCGGUGAAGUAAAUGAGUUGCCAAAACCUUUGGAUAUUUUACCGUAUCACAUCAAUUCGAUUUACUAUCUGUUGGCCGAUUAUUACUUUAAAAAUAAAGAAUUUUCCAAGGCCUUGCAAUAUUACGUGUCCGAUUUGAGCAAUUUGCCAACUCGUUUUGAUGCCUGGGCCGGUUUGGCAUUGUCGAAGGCACAUUUAAUGGGAACCAAACUGAAUUCAUGCACAACCAGUUCGCCAAAAGAAUGGGUUCAAGAUUCCGAGGAAGUGUUGCGAUGUUUUGAACAAUGUCUGAAAAUUGACGAACAACAACACAUGCUCUGGAUUGAGUAUGGCAACUAUGCAUAUGUACUGCAUUCGUAUUGCUCACGAUGCCUUAAACAAGCCGGUGAAGCUCUUUCCAUGGAUGAAUCCACAUUUUUGAAAGAAAAGAAAGAACAAUGUCUCAAACUAACGCAUGAUAGUUUCAUAACAAUUGAUAACAUGAAACCAUUACCGGCCGAUGACGAGUCUGACGAAAAUACGGACGAUGAAAAGUGGUUGUAUCACUAUAUGCUGGGAAAGGUGUCGGAAAAACGAAAAGAACUACCGAAUGUUGUCAUAGAACAUUAUUUAAAAUCCGCACAAUUUUUGUACGAUAACAAUGCGUCGUAUCCGUUUAAAAUCAGCUCGGUGAAUCCGCAAAAUUUGGCACUCGAAGCAUUGGAAAUAUUCUAUCGCAUCACAGCAACCAUCAUCAAGUAUUUGGAAACACACACCGUUGUGACACAUGGAAUUGGUAAAUUUUUCAUCAAAAUUUUGAAACAACAAGCCAAAAGCCCGUUUGCGCUGAGCCAAGCGAAAAUCAAUGAAAAUAUUCUGAAUGCGCAUCUUCAACGUAAACGCAAACUGAACAUGACCAAUGAAGAAACAAACAAACAAAAGGCACCCAAAGUGGACACGAACCAAAAAACGCCAGAAAUGAAAGGGAACGAGAAUCCGUUUGAUUCAACCAUAUUGAUUUCGGUUCAAACUGAAAGCACAAAAGUCGAACCAAUUGAGCAACCGAUGGAAACUGAAGCCAACACAACUGAGGUAGAGAAAAUGUCGGUAGACAGCGAAAAUAAGGAGGUAGAAUGUGUUGAAAAUGAUAAAACAUCUGUUGAACCGCCAACACAAAACCCAAAUGUAACCAGCAUUGUUGAGGAAAAUGUUGAUAGCCCUUUGCGACGCGGUUCACAAGAAAGCACAGCCACAACAACAACACAAACAACAACCACCACAAGCACCGAUUCAACGUCAUCGAGCUCCGACUCGAGCAGCUCCGAUUCCAGUUCAGAUACCGAUGACAGCUCCAGCGAAAGCGAUUCAAACAAAGAUGACAAUGCAGCAUUAGACGAGAAACGCAUUGACUUCAUUUACAAAAUGUGCAUCAAGAAUCUUGAGGAAUGCAUCACACGAUAUCCAGAACACUAUAAAUCCAUUUAUCGACUGGUGCUUAUUUACAUGAACGGCCCGGAGAAGGUUAAAGAUGUGAAAAAAUGCAAUCAACUUCUUUUGGGAACGUAUACAACGGAAUUGGGUAAUCAAGUCCAAGGAUUGUUCACUGAUCGCAAAAAUAACAAUUUGUUUAAUGGAUUUUGGCGGAAUAAGUCAUCCGAAAUCGAGCGGCCGGGCAGUUUUUCGUCACAUCUUUCGAAAUGUGUCAAUAUACUCAUGCAAACAUUACGAAUUAGUCACGAUUAUAAGUUGCUUCUGGAGAUUAUUUUCCAUAUGCAACGUGUUCCCGAUGCUGAUAAGCGUUACAUCAAAGACAGUGAGCGUAAGGAAUUGCUUGAUAACGCAAUGUCAUUUUGUGUUCAGGCGUUCAAGGAUCUUCUGAAAAAGCAUGGUAUUGAUCAGCGAAAUGACAAUGAAAUUCUCACAUUGCUCAUCGAGAUCUUCAAGGCACACAAGAAGCUAAAGAAUGUUUCACAAAAAGAGUCGCCAUUCUCUGGUGUUUUGGUGGACACCUACAAAUCGUAUGCCGAAGGCAAGGUGUGGCUUCAGGAGAAUUUGAACUAUUUGGACAGUGCGAACAAGUUCUGUGUUUGUUUGAUGAACGGAUUGAAAAACCAAGAGAAACAACAGCAAUUGACUGGAGUACGACAGACUCUAGAAGAGCUUGGCAUGAAAAAUCUGGGAGCUAGUUUGUCUAAAAUUAAUACAUCAUUCACUAGCACAGUUGGAGCGGUUGGAGCAGUUGCAUCAGGCAAUCAAACACCAACUGGUGGCAAAAGUCCAGCUGUUGUUGCCAAAGGGGCAAUUCCCUCGACUCCUGUUCCCUCAACACAUCCUGUGUCCGUUAGCACGCCAACAACCACAAUCCCAACGAUGGCAAGCAGUACACCAAUCACAUCAAUUACAAGUGCGACUACGAUAACACCGGUUAUGUCGCGUCCAAGAGGACGGCCACCAGGCAGUAAGAAUUCUGCAUCGAAAACCACGUGUGAUGUAUCAAAGAAUGCGGCUAUGCAACAAAAAUUAAUGGCAUCUAUACUGCAACCAUUUGCCGGGUCAUUAUCAAAUCUGGAAUUGAUCACAUCUCAACUCGAUCCACAAGUAAAAGUAACAGUAUUGGCUCUUCUGGCCGAACCACAAUUCAUGAAAACACUGGCAAUGUUUCCAGAUCCAACCAGCAGAAAUACUUUGCUGCGAGAAUACUUCACCUAUUCCAACUCUCCAAAUAUUCCACAAUUGGUUGAUGGCUUUAACUCGGUUUUCAAUUAUUUGGCAACUGCAUUACAACCGCAAACUUCAAUGGCAAAUAUAAUGCCAGUCCAAUCGAAGCCACCGAAACAAGAUAAAACUGCAACUGUCCCGAAAUCAUCUGCAGCUUCAAUGUCUAUUUUUCCAACGGCAAGUAAACCGCAUCCAUCGCUGACUACCUCACCAUUGAAGCCAAGUGUAAGUCCAUCGAUAUCAGCUACAAUCACACCGGUUCCAACUCCACAGAAUUUAUUAAAAUCAGGCGCAUCGACUGUUAUCAGUGUUGGCAGCGGUCAAUUGACAAUAACACCAAGCAUUUCGAUUACUCCAAAUCCGACGAAGCCAACUUCUGUAUUGCCACAAAUGCCAGCGCCCAGUUUCAGCGUACAAAAACCAACACAACCGAAAGUCCGACGUUCAGCUGGUGAUAAACCAACGAAAGCAAGUCAAAAAGCCCAACGACUGUCACUUGGAUCGAAUUUCCCGGAAUUACCACCCAUUGCUGUGGAAAACUUACCGAAGUCCCUCAGUAUAGUUCCAUCGCCAAGUACAUUUGUCCCCACAAAUCCAUCGGCUUUAUCCCCAAUAAAUGUCGGCCUACUCACGAAUAAACCGGCAAAAGUACCAAAGCCAAAAAAAAAAUCCAUCGAUGGAAACAAAAAUGUUGCUCGAUCGAAGAAACAAACGCAACAAAUGGCUGGAAUUGAUCCAAAUCUACUGAAAAAAUCGCUCACAGCCCAACAGCUUCAACAAUUGAACCCACUCAUGAAUCAAUACAAUUAUCUCUCGCAUUAUCAGCAAUUUUUGUCAGGUGUACCACCGACUUCAUUACAACUACCAAAAGCAUCGAAGUCAAAAACUACCACAGUCACGAUUGCAGGUGCCCAACAACCGAAAGGAGGUAUCAAAGUGAAACAAUUGGAUCAAUUACAAGGUCGACCGACGAAAGCAACACAGAAAUCCAAGCAACAGCCAUUUUCAGCACCAAACAUGGCGACAACUGCCAAGAACCCACCAGUGUCAAGAAGCCCAACCGUUUUGAAUGCAUAUGGCACAACGAUCUCGAGCAUAUUGCAAUCAAUACCAACAUCUUUCUCACCAUUACCAACAACAGUAUCAGCAGUAUCAGCAGCAGCCAACGUUGUUCCGGCCAGUUUGCAAAUUAGCCCAACCAAAACACUUCAGCAAAAACUAGCCGAACGCCAACGACAGUUCCAUGAAACAAACUCACAAUCAAGACCCAGUUCAACAAGCUCAGCUGGAUCAGCCAAGACGCGUAAAAGUGAUACCGAAGUUAUUGUAUUAGAUUAAGUGUUUAAAGUGUAUUUGAACUUAUUUUCAAUGCCACCAUUUUUGUACAUAGUCUUCAUUGUAUUCUCAAUUAAGUUAUACAUUUCUAUUCAUACACACGAAUUGCAAAUAUGUGCACAAUUUUUUUUAUAUUAAAAAUAUGAUUCGAUAAUAAAAACAUUUUCAAAGUAAAUAAAACAAAA